CCCCGAACCAUUCCCUCUUAUUAAAACAACACGCCAAUCUGUUGUAGCCCGGUAAAGGGGGUUUGGGAGCCGCUGCAGCCAUAAAGGAGGCUUCAUACACAGCCGUCUGGAAGGCAUUAGACAGCAGUGGCAGAGAGACUUCUGGCCACUUCUCAACGAACUGUGUAACCUGGAUGCUUGGGGGAACUUUAGCAUUACUUACCUACAUGCCCCACAAGACAGCAAAAUUGAAAUUAUCUGACUCAUAUUUGAUUGUUGGAGUCAGUGCUGGAAACUUUUUUUUUUUCUUUUCUGUGUCAGUAGCCUGUGAUUGAAGCUGCUAAAGUUUGUAGCUUUUUUUGGAACAUUUAGAAACUUUUAAAAUAUGAAUGAAACAAUUUGAAAUUGAUGGAAAAAAUAUUUCAUUAAUUUACUUUCUAUUUAUAUUUUUUAUAUAUUAAUGAAGCCAAAGUUGACUUGACAUGGUGUUUGUGUUUGUACACCUAAGCUGCGUGCGCUGCAUAUUUAGUGACUACAGACAGACUGUUGAAAACUAGAGUCAAGGAAUCUUGGCGCUCAAGAUUGUGCGUCCAGCUGAGAGGAACGUGCGUGAAUCUGAUUUCAUUUCUUUAUAAAUGAGGAGCAGCAGCGGAUUCAUGAGACUCAUUGCUACACAAGUGUCGUCUGAAACUUUUCCGAGACUUUUCCUCCCAGCGGAGCGGUACCAGAGCCACCGGAGUUGACCGCAUCCUUCCUCAAGGACGAACGAGAGGGCAACAGCUGCUUCAAGAUGAGGUGUCAGAGGGUGCUCACCUACCUGCGGAUAUUUGGGACCACCAUGUUUGGUGUGUCCCUUCUGGUGGGAAUCUCCACAGCCUACAUCAUGGGCUACCAGUUCUUCACCACAGCCCAAAAUCACCUAUCCUUCGGCCUGUAUGGUGCCAUCUUGGUCAUCCACCUCAUUAUCCAGAGCCUCUUUGCACUCUUAGAACACAGAAACAUGCGGCGGUCCUUAGAGACGCCCAUCAAACUGAACAAAUCCUUGGCGCUGUGCAUUGCAGCAUAUCAAGAGGACCCAAACUACCUGAGGAAAUGCCUGGUGUCGGUGAAGAGGCUGACAUACCCAGGGAUCAAAGUGAUCAUGGUAAUCGAUGGGAACUCAGAGGAUGACAUGUAUAUGAUGGAUAUUUUUAAAGAGGUCAUGGGACGGGACAAAUCAGCCACAUAUGUCUGGCGGAGUAACUUUCACCACAGAGCGCCUGAAGAGACGGAUGAGAGCUAUACUGAGAGCAUUCAGCAUAUCUCCAGGCUCAUGCUGAGCAACAAGUGUGUGUGCAUCAUGCAGAAGUGGGGAGGGAAGAGAGAGGUCAUGUAUACCCCCUUCAAAGCACUGGGGAGGAGCGUGGACUAUGUGCAGGUAUGUGACUCUGACACUAUGUUGGACCCAGCAUCCUCAGUGGAGAUGGUGAAGGUUCUAGAAGAAGACCCAAUGGUUGGAGGUGUUGGAGGAGAUGUACAGAUCCUAAACAAAUAUGAGUCAUGGAUCUCCUUCCUGAGCAGUGUGCGGUACUGGAUGGCCUUCAAUAUUGAGCGGGCUUGCCAGUCCUACUUUGGUUGCGUUCAGUGCAUCAGUGGUCCUUUAGGAAUGUACCGGAACUCCCUCCUGCAAGAGUUCCUUGAAGACUGGUACAAUCAAACUUUCAUGGGAUCCCACUGCAGUUUUGGAGAUGACCGCCAUCUCACAAACAGAGUUCUAAGCCUUGGAUAUGCAACCAAAUACACUGCGCGAUCAAAGUGCCUCACAGAGACACCGAUCACAUACCUGCGAUGGCUCAAUCAACAAACUCGAUGGAGUAAGUCAUAUUUCAGAGAAUGGCUAUACAACUCUAUGUGGUUCCACAAACAUCAUUUAUGGAUGACUUAUGAGGCUGUGAUCACAGGCUUCUUCCCAUUUUUCCUGAUUGCCACUGCGAUUCAACUGUUCUACCAAGGAAGGCUCUGGAAUAUUCUGUUAUUUCUACUCAUUGUGCAGGCGGUGGCACUGAUCAAGUCAUCAUUUGCCAGCUGCCUCAGAGGUAACAUAGUCAUGGUGUUCAUGUCGUUCUAUUCUGUACUGUACAUGUCAAGCCUGUUGCCAGCCAAAAUGUUUGCAAUAGCAACAAUCAACAAGUCUGGAUGGGGGACCUCUGGGAGGAAAACAAUAGUGGUGAAUUUCAUCGGUCUGAUUCCUAUAUCAGUUUGGUUCACCAUCCUCUUCAUUGGGAUUAUAUAUACGAUAAUCCAGCAAACUAGAAAACCCUUUCCUGAGUCAGAAAAACUUGUUCUUAUCAUAGGGGCAGUCGUCUAUGCCAGUUACUGGGUCAUACUGUUGACGCUGUAUACAGUGCUCAUAAAUAAGUGUGGAAAAAGGAAGAAGGAACAACACUAUGAUAUGGUGCUGGACGUAUGAUUUACAGACUGCAGUCACCAUUUACCACUGAAGUCUCUUUCUGGGUCAUCUUCACUCACACCCUCUUAUGUUAUACCAAUGUUUUUCACAUGCAGAACAGCUCUGGAGGCAAAACUGGUUUAGUUCAACCUAAAUGGAGUGUUUGGUCAAACUUGAAUGUCAAAAAAUAAAGAAAUGACAGUUGCUGCUUUUUGUUCAUUCAUAACUAUAGCAUUUAUUAUGUUGGGACAUCAGCAUGUUAGUUAAUUAGCUUACCUUGCCAUUUCUGUAAUCUCACGUUUCUGGGUGAAGAUCUGCUGCUGUAAGCUAACAAGCUAAACUUGAUAACUUACUAUGGCAAGAUUAAAUAUAGGGCAGUUGGUAGCAAGAGUGCUGGGCUUUGUGAUGUUGGCUACCUCUUACCCAUGUCAUUUUCACUGGGCUUCAGUCUAUUUGCAUCUGAGCCAAAAAAACUGUGGAUUUUUAUCUUCACCCAUUGGGGUUUAACUUGACCAGUAAGAAUAUUUUACUUCCAGUGCAUCAUUGUGUCUCAAAUUGAUUUUUGUACAUUCUAAUUUAAAACAAAUCCACAUAUUAUCCGACCACAGGCAAUCCAAAGCACCACACAGCAGCACCUUGGCCUGGAAGGCUGUCUCCACUAUAAAAUAAAUGAGCAACAUCAAGCAUUUCAAGAGACCAGUGACGGCUAUCAUCAGCAUCUAAUUAGUGUAAUUGUAAUCUGCAAUAAUCUGGAUAGUCUUUGUGGAUCUUAUGAAUAGGUGAGGCUGACUCUAGAAAAAUCCACAUGAAGAUUUGCUGCAUCUGUUUAACAAUUUAAUGUCACAAGUUCAAAGUUGGCAGUUCUGGGGGCAAUACACUGGUAUAUCUUUCCAGUGUUUUUAAAUCUUCUUUAGGAAGACCUACAGUGUCGAUUUACAAAGAGUGAUAUGGUGCAGAAAGGGCUUUAAAAUGGAAAGCUGCUCUUUCUUUUGUUGCACUCAUGUCAUAUGGGAAUUAACACUAUAAUUGUAUUUAUAAUGCAGCUAUUUCAACUAACCACAUGUAUGGAACAGCACGUAUGAUGCACAUUGUGUUUGACAUUACAGUUCUUAAUUUACUAUUUUUAAACAAUACAAAUCCAUCACUCACUGCGUAUAUGUAAGUUGAAUGUGAAAAAAUACAAGAUCCAUAGAAAUUACCAAUCAUGUUAUUAUGAAGCUACAGAUCAAUUGUGUUUGAAUGUCUGGACGCUUACAAGUGUUGCUGUCAUUCCCAUAUGAUGUGAAUGCAGUAUUUUUUCUCAGUGUUUACAAAGUGAUAUAAUCUCCACCAGAUCAGGUGACCAGGUGAACAUGUGACCAAAAGAGAGAUGGCGUAUCAUUGCUGCUGUGACUGUUUAUUUUUACAGAAACAAUUGUCUUUUUUCUUUAAAAUGACUAUUAAUGAUGACUGUAUGUUGCAAAAACACUAUUAUUGUUAAUGUAUUUCUUUCUACCAAGUUGAAUGAUAACCACGAAGUAAACACAGUGGACAUGUUCCAAUCCAAAGACUUUGUGAUUUUCUCUCUUGUCCUUUCUUCACAUACUGGUAAUGUGGCUACAUCUCUCUCUGCUUCCUUGCAUUGUUAAAUCACCUACAAAGGAAGGAGCAAAUGUGAGAAAAAACACUAAUGUGCUACCUGAUGACAGGAAUGUGAAUGAGUGCACUUGAUGGAAAGAAACAGCAUAUUGGAAUGAAACAAGUCCUGUGUUUGCUGCAGACAACCAGGAGCAGACAUGAGUUUAAUUCUUAUGCACUUUUAUGUCUCUCCAGUUGUCAAGUGUGAUGCUUGACGUAAUCGAGAUGAAAUACCUCAGUGGUUCUCUUUGCAUUGCAUUAAGGUGUUGGGAUGCCGUUCAAAGACAGACGCAUUCUAAAAGUCUCAAGUAACUUAUGAUCUGUUUAUUGAAUUUAAAGUGUCCUUUUUUAUACGCCAGUUCCUUAUUAAGUCAAAGCUGGAUCUGUCUGCCUUAUCGGCCCUUUGCUGUAGCCGUUUACUUAAUGUUACUUUGUAUUUCAUUGCAUUUUCAUAUAUAGACAUUUUUAUUCUAUUUUUGCUUAGCUACCAAAGAUUCUUUAUUUUCACUCAUGUUUUUAUAAGAAAAAUGGGAAAAUGUAUUUGUUGUGCUUAAACUGUUCUGACAUUGACUUGUAUAUCUGACCAAACAAUGUGAAUUUACAACCUGGGGGUUUUGUCUGCAAUAACAACAAUAAAAAUGCAAUUUGUAGGGAUAAAUUAUUGAUUUCAAGAGAGGUGAUGAACCUGUGUUUUUGUACUUUGUGCGUAGAUAGAAAACCAGCAUAUUUAUGAUUAUAGAAUUCUGUACUUAUUAAGAUGCCCUUUCGUAUACCCUUAAUUUUAUUUUUAAUAUAUGCAACAUAUGAACAGAAUUAGGCUAGGCUUUUUUUCAUUUUGUGCUUCCUAUGUUAUUAUAAUGCAAGAGAGCCGAAGCAAAUUGAAAACUUUAAUCCAAAACAUUUAAAAAAUAUUUGCACAAAUACGUGAUUAUCUGCAGAUUAUGUGUUUUAAAUAUGUGAGAUACCUUAAUGAAUAAUAACAAAAGAAAAACUGAGUGACAUUUUAAUACAGUUUCAAGGAGAUAUUUUAUUUUGAGGUUCAAUGAAUGAUCUCAACAUUUGAAUCAUGAGGUUGUUUCAUGCCAAAGGCAGUGUUGUCAUAAAGCACUUUUGUGUCGUGCCAAAUAAAACUAUUGUUUUAAUUCUC